UUUCGCAAACCCACAAAUCCAUCAAUAUGCCGAAGGUUAAGGCGGAAAAGAAAAGCCGGCAGCACCAAGAAAUAAAGAACCAAGGUAUUAUGUUCAACACUGGCAUCGGCCAGCACAUAUUGAAGAAUCCCUUGGUGGUCAACGGAAUCAUCGAUAAGGCUGCCAUCAGACCUACGGAUAUUGUUCUGGAGGUGGGACCAGGUACUGGAAACAUGACAGUCAAACUUUUGGAGAAAGGCAAGAAGGUUGUAGCCUGUGAGUUGGACCUCAGAUUGGUGGCUGAACUCCAGAAAAGAGUGCAAUGCACACCCCUGCAAUCCAAACUUCAAAUAUUAGUAGGUGACGUGCUGAAAACAGACCUGCCUUUCUUUGACAUUUGCGUCGCCAAUUUACCAUACCAGAUUUCUUCACCAUUUGUUUUCAAGCUUCUGCUACAUAGGCCUUUCUUCCGGUGUGCAGUGUUGAUGUUCCAGAGGGAGUUUGCCAUGCGUUUAGUCGCCCAGCCUGGUGAUAAGCUGUACUGCAGGCUGUCCAUCAACACCCAGCUACUGGCUCGUGUUGACCAUCUGAUGAAGGUGGGGAAAAAUAACUUCCGCCCUCCUCCUAAAGUGGAGUCCAGUGUGGUCAGAAUAGAACCAAAGAACCCACCUCCUCCAGUUAACUUUCAGGAAUGGGACGGUCUGGUCAGAAUUGCAUUUGUGAGGAAAAACAAAACACUGAAUUCCUCAUUCAAGAGUAAUUCAGUUGAACAACUUCUGGAGAAGAACUACAGAAUUCACUGUUCUGUACACAGCAUAGAAAUCCCAGCGGACUUCAGCAUUACCAAGAAGGUGGAGAGCGUCCUGGAGGAGGUGGAGUUCAGCGAUAAGAGAGCCAGGACCAUGGACAUUGAUGACUUCAUGGUGUUGCUUCACGCAUUCAACAAAGCUGGCAUACACUUCUCCUAAAUGGCGUAGACGCGUCGCCUCGGAUCCCUUCACCAGAGAGCUGGGGGCUCUUCACCAGAGGAUUUGGUGUGGGAGAAGCCUGGCUGGAUAAGGCGUGUGAAGAUAAUCUUCCAUCCCUGUCCCACUCCCCUUCACUCAUCUCUUUGAACGGUGCUGGGGGAACAAAAACUUAAAUAUUAAAAGAAUGUCAGUGGGAAACUACCAUUUAGUUGAUCAAAUGUAUUGUGGUUUGUAUCAGCCAAAGCUGGAACUUUGAUAUGGACUAUGCAGUUAUGGGAAGCAUUUAAACAGACAUUGUAUUCUGGUGGAAGCUAAAUGGAGAGCACUGUGUUAAACUGUCCAUGCUUCUGGAAUUUUAUGCUGUUGGGAGGCAUUUAAAUGAUUCACGUUUUCUGGUGGUGAAGCUUUCCUGUAAAUGUGCUCAUAUUGAGAUUACGUGCUAUAGUGUUGAGCUGUUAAAGACGUGGCUUGGAAAGUAACUGGGAUGAUUUAAGUUACUAAGUCAACUACUUCAGUUUGGACAUCUUAAUUCAGAAGAUAUUGUGGAACUGCAACUUUCUCACGGAAAAUGCACUGUCCCUGUAGAUGGUGCUGUCAACCUCACAUUAAUACUAUGAUCUCCAUCAUGCUCUCUUCAAUAACCUGUCUGUGAAAUUAACUUAAAGGUUGUAUCAGCGAUUCUGGUUGCCCUGACUUCCGUUGCGAGAUUCCAAACGAACAGAGCCAGCUAGCCCCUCCCUCCCGUGUUUUGAAAAUUAUCAUGAACAUGCAUGAAAAUGCAACAGGAAUUUGUAGCUACCACUUCGCGUGCACGAGCGCGAAACAGCACCCACCCCUUGUCUGUGAUUGGUUGGAACACUGUUUAUUUUGAGGUGUUUUUGUGAGCGAUCUCUGAGCCUAGGCCACCUAGAGAGACGCGGUUUUUAGACAGCCUGCUUAUGGGACGGGCAGCUAGCGGAUCCUGAGGAAAAAGCGGAUGAAUGUGAUACUUUGUUUCAAUCAGAA